CAAUAAUGAGAAAGAAAAAGUAACGUGGAUUUAUCGAGAAAGAUUACAUCGGAUCGUUGUUGUGUGUUGUUUAAUGUGAAGGACAAUUUAUAACUUUCAAAAUGGUUUUAAUGACAAUGAUUGCGAGGGUCGCUGACGGCCUACCUCUUGCCGCUACCAUGCAAGAAGAUGAGCAGAGUGGCUGCAAUAUUCUGGAGUAUCAGAACCAGGCAAAAAUGCUGUUUAGGAAACUAGGACCCCAGUCUCCCCUGCGGUGUUCCAUCGAGACUGGGCCAUAUCUCUUUCACUAUUUAAUUGAGAACGAGAUAUGCUAUCUAGUGCUUUGUGAGCGAAAUUACAGUAAAAGGCUAGCAUUCAGCUACCUCGAAGAAAUUGCCCAGGAAUUCUACCAGCAAUACGGCAAAAGAGUGAACACAGUAACCCGGCCUUACACGUUCAUCGAGUUCGACACCUGGAUGCAGCGCGCGCGCAAGCAAUACUCGGAGGGCGGCGCCCGAGCGCGCAGGGCGGGCGCGGCGGCGGCGCUGGGCGGCCAGCUGGGCGACGUGCAGCGCAUCAUGAUGCAGAACAUAGACGACGUGCUGCAGCGCGGCGCCGUGCUCGCAGAGCUGGACACAAAGACGCAAAACCUGUCUAUGAUGUCGCAGAAAUACAAAAAGGACGCCACCUACUUGAACACCAAGUCGAUGCUGGUGAAAGCCACCGCCGGCGCCGUCAUCCUGCUCGUCUUCGUGCUUUACUUCUGGGUGUUGUAGAACUAACCUCCGCGAUUAAGAUGUUGUGGUCCAGCACUAAUGCUGCAGGGGAAAAAUUGCUACAAAAUCUUCUAUUUUAAUGACCAAAUGUUUUCAU